UAUUUUUCUGAUUCUGCAAGCGUCUCACUCUCAUCGUCAGACUGCUGUACUCGCCCAGUCAAUGAAAGCUUCCCCAUUCAAUUACUUCAUCAUGGCCAUUCCUCUCCCCUGCAUCCUUCUCUUCCUCCACCUCCUCCUCUUCACCGCCUCGGCGGAGUACGCGCAGGACCUGCUGCGGCGCGCUGAGGGGGAGCGAGACUGGAUUGUCGGCGUGCGGCGGCGCAUCCACGCGUACCCGGAGCUCGCGUUCCGGGAGCACCGUACCAGCGCCCUCGUCCGCGAGGAGCUCGAGCGGCUAGGGGUCGCCGCCCGUUCCGUUGCCGGUACCGGCGUCGUCGCCGAUGUUGGCUCGGGUCGGCCGCCCAUUGUCGCUCUCCGCGCUGACAUGGACGCCCUCCCCGUCCAGGUCCGUUCCCCCUUUCCCCUCCGAUGCCAUGCUACUCCGGUAAUAUCGCGCUGGUUGUAUGACCGGGAUCACGUUUUUUUUUUGGUUGUGAAAUUGGGAUGGCAGGAAUUGGUGGAGUGGGAGCAUAAGAGCAGAGUUGAUGGUGUGAUGCACGCUUGUGGUCAUGAUGUGCACACGGCGAUGCUCCUGGGAGCAGCGAAGUUGCUUCAUGAGCGCAAGGAUCAGCUUAAGGGAACGGUGAGACUCCUUUUUCAACCUGCUGAGGAGGGUGGUGCUGGUGCAUCUCAUAUGAUAAACACUGGUGUUCUUGAUGGCGUUGAAGCUAUAUUUGCCAUGCAUGUCGAUUAUCGUAUGCCGACAGGCAUAAUAGCAGCUCACGCAGGACCAACACAAGCAGCUGUAUGUUUCUACAUAGUGAGAAUAGAAGGUAAAACAGGGAAGGCCGAAACUCCACACUUAAAUGUAGAUCCUGUUGUCGCUGCGGCAUUUACCAUCCUGUCCCUGCAACAGCUUACUUCAAGAGAAGACGAUCCUCUUCAUAGCCAAGUGCUCUCUGUUACUUACAUUAAAGGUGGGAAAUCUAUUGAUGCCACACCUCCAGUUAUUGAAUUCGGAGGUACUUUGAGGAGCCUCACUACUGAAGGACUUUAUCGACUACAGAAAAGGCUCAAGGAGGUAGUAGAAGGGCAGGCAGCUGUACAUAGAUGCAUGGGAGUUGCGGAGAUAUUGGAAGCUCCUGACCACCCAAUGUAUCCUGCAGUCAUGAAUGAUGAUAGGCUGCAUCACCAUGUAGAAAAUGUGGGCAGAGGUUUGCUUGGUCCAGACAAGGUAAAGCCCGGAGAGAAGAUUAUGGCUGGGGAAGACUUUGCUUUCUACCAACAGUUAGUUCCUGGCGUUAUGUUUGGCAUCGGUAUUAGAAAUGAGGCAGUUGGUUCGGUCCACUCUGCUCACAACCCGCAUUUCUUCGUGGAUGAGGAUGUUCUUCCAGUUGGAGCUGCACUACAUACUGCUAUAGCAGAAACGUAUCUUACUGGGCGUUCGACUCUAGAUGAAAACAGAAGCGUGCAUUCGAUUUGAUGCUCUUUGAGGAGAAAAUUCAAUGUAUGAACUUAUAUUGGGAUGCUUCAAGUCUAUUGGGGUUCAACGCUCCCAGGAGAUCAUAUUAGUACUUUACAGCAAACAGGUAUGUAGACAUUGUAAUUAUGCACAGGAUAAGUUCUUGCUCUCAGUAAUCACAUAAAGUAUGUCUGAUAUUAAGUGUGAUAAACCUA